CAGUGACAGGAGAUGUUUUCCAACUCGCUGCGUGGAACUUUUUUUUCCCCCUCAGCGGCCCCUUGAACUUCUGUCUCUAACUCGCAGAAGUUUGAUGUGAAAUUAAAGCCUGUAUUGCUCUAAUGGGAAAGAAGCGAACAAAAGGAAAAAAUAUUCCUGCAGAUGUCUCACCAGAUGUACUGGGACCAACAUGCAAGCACCUUCGCAAAGGAUUGGAACAAGGUCUUCUCAAAAAAGUGUUGCAGACUGUGGACUUGAAUUCCUGUCAGGAUUGCCAGAUAGAUGACAAUAAGACAGAUGAAAAAUCUGAUAGUGCAGAAGACAAGCCAUCAAUAUGGUUAUGUUUAAAAUGUGGCCAUAGGGGUUGUGGCAGAAAUUCUCAAGAGCAACAUGCCUUAAAACACUAUGAAACACCAAGAUCAGAACCUCACUGUUUGGUUCUUAAUGUGGAAAACUGGUGUGUCUGGUGCUACUUAUGUGAUGAGGAAAUACAAUAUAGUUCAUCUACUCGACUGGGCCAGCUUGUGGAUUUUAUUAGAAAACAAACUUGUGUGAACAUUGCAAAUACAGCUUCUAAAAAUGAAGAAAAACCUUUGGAAAACAAAAAACUUAAAGACCACAAAAAUGAGGAAGAAAAGGAGAAGAAAGAAAUCUUGUUCAAAGACAAUAAAAAUCAAUUAAAUGGCAAUUCAGAAAUGACGGUGAAAGGUCUUAGCAACCUAGGAAAUACAUGUUUUUUUAAUGCGGUUUUGCAGAAUCUAUCACAAACAUCAGUUCUGAGAGAGUUGCUGAAAGAAGUAAAAAUGCCUGAUUCAACAAUUACACUUAAACCACCAGAAUUCUCAAUAAUGGAACCUUUGGUAGUAAUGCUUGAUUCUCCAAGACCUCUAACACUAGCAAUGUGCCAGUUUCUGGCAGAAAUGCAAGAGACAAAAAAAGGAUCUGUGACCCCUAGAGAACUUUUCUCUCAGAUUUGUAAAAAAGCAACACGAUUCAAAGGAUAUCAGCAGCAGGACAGCCAAGAGUUGCUUAGAUAUCUAUUGGAUGGGAUGAGAACUGAAGAAAUCCAAAGAACAAGUGCUGCAAUUUUUAAGGCACUGAAUAAUUCUGACAAAGAAAACGAAGAGUUGAAAAAAGAGGUUAAAGAAUAUGAAAAGAAAAAGCUAAUGCAUAGUUUUGUGGACCGCAUUUUUGGUGGCGAAUUAACAAGUACAAUCAUGUGUGAAGAGUGUCAAACAGUUUCUUUGGUACAUGAACCAUUUCUUGAUUUGUCACUCCCUGUCUUAAAUGAUCAGAAAAAUAGCAAGAAAAAUAAUGUUAAAAAAUCACAGCAAAAAGAAAUUGACAGUUGUGAAGAAAACAUGGAAAAUGAAUGUUAUGUGAAAGAAAGAGAUGAAAUUCCUGUUACAAGUAAGCAUCUACAGAAAAAGACAAAGAAAAUGGCCAGAAAACAAGCAAAGAACCAACGCCAUCAGCAGAAAUUUCAGGAGAAAGUUAUUCAUCUAACAGAUAGUGAUGUCACUGAAAAAACUGAAGCUGAUCAUGAUUGUAAUAAACAAGCAAUAGAAAGUAACUCUGACAUAAGGUGUCUGAAACCAGAAGAGGAAGAGUCAUUAAACACAUGUGAAGAGCAUUGUGUGGAUAAAAAAUGUGUAGAUGAUCCAGAAAGUACAGUUCAAGUACAGAUCACAGAAAAACAUGUUGAAAAUGCAGACAGUUGCGAUCAAGAGGCAAAUAAUGAAGUCAAUUUGGAUGUUUCUAUAAAAGAGUUUGUUCCCGCUACAGAGUGUGUCAAUAAGUUUAAUGAUUUGCAUCUUAAGGAAGAUAAGGAUGAAGAAGAUGAUAUUAUCAGUGACUUCAGCAAAUUAUUCCUGGAGGAGGAAGAGCCGAGUGAUGAUACAGAUAGUUUGCAUGAAUUUUAUGGUUUUGAAACACAAACAUAUGAAGUAGUAAAUGAAGAUCCAGAAACAGCAUUUUGUACUCUUGCAGACAGGGAUACUGUAAACAUGGAAGAAAAUUCAAUUAUUCAUUGCUUGAAUCAGUUUACUCAUACUGAGAAACUUUGUGAAAACAACAAAUUGCUUUGUGAAGUGUGCACCCGGAAUCAACUUUGUGGAAUCAAGACAAAUAAAAUAAAUGCCAAGAAAUAUGUAUACACUAAUGCCAAAAAACAAAUGCUUAUUUCUCUCGCUCCUCCAAUUUUAACCCUCCAUUUAAAAAGAUUUCAACAGGCUGGAUAUAAUCUCCAAAAAGUAAACAAGCACAUAUCGUUUCCUGAAGUUAUGGAUUUGGCUCCUUUCUGCUCAACUAAGUGCAAGAACGUAAGAGAGGGGACUUCAGAAGUAUUGUACUCGUUAUAUGGUAUUGUGGAACAUAGUGGGACUAUGAGAUCUGGUCAUUAUACUGCUUAUGUGAAGACAAGUACCACCAGCCAACUUUCUGAUCUUGUCAAUGACAAAAUUCAACAAACUUCAGAAUCUGAGUCACCCAGAAGACAAUGGUUUCAUAUUAGUGACACUCAUGUGCAAGCAGUAUCCCUAUCCAAGGUCCUGAAGUCACAAGCAUAUCUUCUCUUCUAUGAAAGAAUAUUGUAAACUGGAAAAAUUCCAACGUAGGAAAACUUCACCAAAUGUUUAUCAUGUUCAGUUUAUUGUACUUAAAUCUGAAUUUAAACAUAACCUGAAUUAAUAUGAUAGAGGGCAUGUUCUUUGUUCCAUAAACUCAGACAAUUAUUCUCAAUUUUUAAAAAAAAAUCCUUAAAAAUGCAAUAACAUAGAAGUCUAUCAUUAUUACUGUGAGAAAAAUUGAGCUAACAAAUAGUUUGAAAGUUUACUAUCAAUUUAUUUUCAUAAGUUAUGAUAGGUAAGGUGCCCUGCAGAACACAAUUCAGGAAUGUCAAAUUAUAUUUGACUACCCUAUUUGAAAAGCUAAAACACGGUUUACCCCUUGUCUUUUGCAAGGCCCCCUUGUCUUGUCCUUUGUCUUUUACCCCUUGUCUUUUGCAAGGCCCCCUUGUCUUGUCCUUUGUCUUUUACCCCUUGUCUUUUGCAACCCGUCGUCUUUUCCGAGGCAGAGGGCCCCAGUCUCCCAGCCUUUCACAAAUGUCUAUAAAGACCUGGCUCUGCCAUCUUCCUUGGCCCUGACAGAGCAGUAGCUGUGGCUGGUUAGUGCCAUGAAGGUCCUCCCACCUUUUGAUUAGCUUUUCAUGUUGAAUUUUACUAUUUUGCCUCUAUUAAUUUUUAUACUCGGUUGUUUAACAUUUUAUUUGUAUACCGCCAAGAGUGCCUCUGUGAGGGAAAUGGACUGUUUGUAAAUUUGAUAAAUGAGAAAAUAAACAAAUGUUCUCGUAUAUAAAUACA